AAUUGAUGAUCAUUAUACAAUGUGAUUAAUUCACCAUUGAACACAAGUACAUCACAAGCAUCAGAUCAAUCCGAUUAUACUAGACAUAUGUUUCCAUUUUGUAAAUUGAGACGCAUAAAAUACAAGUCGAUGGUGCUAAUCACAAUCGGCCAAAACCAUACUUAAAACUAACUUAACUAGUUUUCUAAGCCAUUUCAUCGGAUUAACUUGUACAGCCUACGAGUUAAAUACGAUAUUUAAUCAUUCGCGCUAGCAGGUGUACCUUACACCUAUAUUUUACCACACCUCGCGACUAUUUCAUAAUUACGAACAUCACAACAUACGUAUGCUAAAUUAAUAAAAAUGGUCACAUAACAGCACGCCGACACAACAACCGAGCUGGCCAUAAUCACUAAGCGUACCUAUGCUAAAUAAAAAGGAUCGUCGCAACCUCCAUAUCUAUUAAUCCAUCCACUAAAAAAAUAAUAGCGGUAGCGAAUCAGAGUAUGAUUACCAUAUUGACCAUAACUUCGCGCAGACAGCAACGAUUCUUGCGCAGACCUUUUUCCGAGCACCCGGCCACACGGGAUUUAUUGCUUUAUCCAAAUUCUCGGGAUCGUUCGACGACGCAAGGGAUGUCGACAAGUCGGAGACUUGCAGGGUCGAGCACGACAAGGAAUUCUGAGGGUUGACAUAAGCCGCACGAAAUUGGAAAUCAAAUCAUCAGAGUCGAUGAGCACGUCGUGGGCACAACGUGGGUCGACGACGAGGUCCAUGACGAGCGUCGCAAGGCACGACAAAUGGGAAGGAGGCGACGCACGAAUUUCAGAGCAUGGAGCUCACGGCGGCUUGAGGGAGACAGCCGUGGGAGGGACUUCGGCGAGCUGGAGCGGGAUACGGCCUGGGCGCGACGAAGGGAGCUGCGCGUCCAGAGCGAGCAGGGAGAGCGCCGAGCGGAACAGGGAGCUCCGGGCAGAGGGCCAGGGCGCGAAGGCCAGGGAAUCCAGGGCGCGGCGAGCCGAAAACUUCGCGCGCGGCCAUGGGAAAGCAGGCGCGGCUGGACUGAACGAGCUGCGCCAGGGAGCAGCAGCCGGCUGUGAAGAACGCGGCUGGGCGCGAUGCAGGAAGCGCGGGCCUAGGCGAACUCCUAACAGGACCAUGGACGCGGCGGGGAAACUCCACGGCAUCCACGGGAGAGAGAGAGCUCCGCGAGCUGAAGACUGGGCGCGACGCGAGCAGAGAGUCGCGGCGCCAGAGGAACAGCGAUGGUCGGCCGACGAACUGGAGCAGGCGCUGGGGAAGGGACCGAGCAGGGAGAAGACUUGGCAGCCAGCGCGCAUCCGCGGCGAGCAGAAGGCCAAGCGCCGGCCAUGGGAGCAGGCACGGCUGCCAGGGGCGAUUGCGCCCGAUGCCUGGGCGGGCUGGGAGACGACCAGGGCGCGCGGCGAGCUAGAGCAAAGGGCAGGGCGUUCAGGCGCUGCAGCAGGGAGAGCGAGCGUGGAGCAUCCCGGCGAGCUACAGAGGCCGAGCAGAGGAAGAACGAGCAGCCGCCAUGGGAGAGGGAAAUCCGAUCAGAGGAGAUCGCAGAGGAGGGGAAUGAACCUGGCCGAACGCUAUGGUGCCUGAC